AAAUGAAUUAUAAGUCAUUAUUAGUUUAACUAAUUGAACGAAUUGAAAUGAUAUUUAAUGAAUAACAAAGGUGGCGCUCAUUUGAACUAAGAUGAUUUAUCUAUAUGUAUGUUUGUAAAAUACUCGGUGGACAUGUAAAGAGGUUAUAUUUCUCCGUAUUACUCAUUGCAUUCAUAUUAACUGCAAACGUGUUGCAAAAAAUAUAUUUAAUGAUAAUUUCGACACGGAAAACACAUAGGAGCAUAAAGGCGAUAAUAUAUGAAGCAAAACCCCAUAUUUAGAAAUUAUUAUUGAAUUUUCCAAUUUCUAUGACAGUGGAUUGUCAAACAAUUUAAGGCAAGGCAAUGGGUACAACACCAAGUCGGUACGAUGAUCUAUCUAAAAAUGUUUAUUUAGAAAAGUUUUGUGGAAAAAAAAGUAUUCUUCCAAAUGAUCCAUUUUGGAACACGUUUCUGUCUUACAACAUGAGAGCACCUGUUACGAGGAAUGACCAAAUAGAAUUAGAUUCUCGAUUGGACUCCUCAUGCCAGCAAUUACUUGUUAACAAUUUAAGUACUGGCAAUUUUGGUAAUCUGAUACAAGUUGCUCUUAUGCGUGCUAGUAAUUUACUGGCAUCAAUGCAAAAUCAAAAAAUCAUAUCAGCAUGGCAAACAUAUAAUGCAUUGUUUGCAUUGAGAUGUAUAUUGAAAUAUUUAAUUGAAACAGUGGGUGAAGAAGAAAUGAUAAAACAUAUAGAAGCACCACAGUUACCAGUGCCAACACCGUCAAAUUCAUCUUACAGAUUAAAAGAUCUUUUUGAAGCAUUAAUUGAUAUUGUAACAGAUGUACCACUGUGUGAGUUCACAUAUGUGGUUCAUCUAGAAGCUAUAAAUUGUUUACUUGUAUUACUUUCCGUACAAUUGUUUUCACAAACUGCAGCUGAAUACAGCUGCAUCUACAGAAUAGCAAUGCAUUCACAUUCUAGUGAACAUGCACCAGCAAUGGUGUGUACUUUAUUGCAUAAUUUUGUGCAGCAAGAACAUGCUCCUCCUGGUUUACUUACACAACAACCAGGAGGAAGUAUUGUUUUUAGUAUAGCUGCUGGAUUAUGGAAUGUAAUUACAAUGGGCAUGGGUAGUAGCUUAAAGAACGUACAAGUUACAAGUAAUGGUACUUCUGAAGAAGAAGAACGAAAACGCGACACAGAAACACCUCUUGCUAGUCAAUCAUUAUUACUCCUAUUGGUAUUAACAAAUCACUGUACUGCAACUGAAAAUCCUUACAGGAAUGCCCUUUUUACAUUUAUUGAUAUGCAAGAAGGGUAUUUCACAAUGCAAACAAAAUGUGCAUUUAGAUUUAAUUUAAAUAAAUUGUAUAAUACUAUAUGUAAGAUACCAAAUACAGAUGAAGUUACAUUAUUAUUAUACAUGUUGCUACAUAGGAAUGCAAGUAUAAAACAAGACAUCAUGAGAAGACCAGAUAUACAGCUAUUGGUAAUACCAAUACUUCAGAUAUUAUAUCAUGCUCCAAACAAUACAUCUCAUCAUAUUUAUAUGUCUCUUAUUAUCCUUCUAAUUUUAAGUGAAGACGAAACAUUUAACAAGAGGAUACAUGAAAUAAUGCUUAGGGGUGUAGGUUGGUAUACAGAAAGAUCAAUAAGUGAAAUAUCAUUAGGAGGUCUUUUAAUUCUUGUUGUCAUAAGAACUAUACAAUAUAACAUGUUCAAAAUGAGGGAUAAAUAUCUUCACACAAAUUGUUUAGCAGCUUUAGCAAAUAUGUCAGCACAGUUCACAUCUUUACAUCCUUAUGUUAGUCAAAGAUUGCUAAGUUUGUUUGAAACUCUUGCAAAGAAACAUGCUAGAUUAGAAGCAAAAAUACGCACGCAACCUUCUAUUUCUUCUGAUAGUACUACUAUCACAAUUAAUGGAACAACAGCAAAUACAGAUUUGAUUCAAGACUUAACAAUACUUGAAGAAGUUUUGCGAAUGGUACUAGAAAUCAUAAAUAGUUGUUUAACUCAUAGACUCGCACAUAAUCCGAACUUAAUAUACACCCUUUUGUAUAAAAAAGAUAUUUUUCAACCAUUUAGGAUGCAUUCAGCAUUUCAAGACAUUGUGCAAAAUAUAGAUUCUGUCAUAAAUUUCUUUUCUUAUAAAUUGGAACAAAAAGAUCAGUCACAACUUGGCGUGAGUCAGGUAUUAACUACGAUCCAGCAAGGUACUAGUGAAUGGCCACGUGACCGUUUAAGGAAAUUUCCAGAACUAAAAUUUAAGUAUGUAGAAGAGGAACAACCAGAAGAGUUCUUUAUUCCUUAUGUAUGGAAUGUCGUAUGUCAAAGUGCACUGUUACAUUGGAAUGCAGAAAAUAUAAAAUUAUUUUCACCCAAUACUGGUGAACAAACAACGAUUAUCGUUUGCUGAUACUGAGAUAAAAACUGCUGUUUGCAGUAAAUACAUUAUGCAAUACAAAUCGAGUAAAAAAUAUUGGAAGUAUUAUUUCUUCGUGAGACACCCAUUUGAUACGAGAAAAACAAUAUAUAUUGUUUAUUGUAAAGGUAAUUAUAGCAGGCGGAUAGAGACUAACAUAAUACAUACUCAUUUUACGUCUGAAAUCAGUUUGUCGGUAUUUAUCUCUUGCCUUAGUCACUAUUUCACUUAAUUAUUAAUAUUUCAUUUUCUAAAAUAACAGUGCUGUGUUCGAAAUGGAUUUAUUAAAUAAGAAUUAGUUAAAUCUAAUGAAAUUUAAUUAAAACCGCAGAAUAUUUUAAUGUUUUUUUAAUGUGCAUAAGCCUAAUUAAUAAGAUAUUAUUUAUAAAUAAUACUACUUAAUUCAUUCAUCGUGCAGUAAUGAAAUUGACUUUAAUAUUGUAAAACUAUGCAUUGUUAAGACUGGUGUUACAAUCUAUUAUUUUACAAAAGCUGCGUUACCGCUUGAAUCAAAUAUCAUCGAUAAAUAAAAAUAUUUAAAUAUUCAACUGGAGCAGCAUAAAUUCACACCAUGGGUAAGAGUGAAACUUAAAUAUAAACAUUUUAUAAUAUUCACAAAAGAAUAUAAAUAAAUAUUGGAGUUCCCAGAUGGAUUCAUGCUAAAAAGUAUUUUCGACAUAUUAAUAAAAUUUUCCAUAAUGAAAAUGAUAAUGAUAAGAGAAAAUUUUCUGUAAAUUGGUUAUGAUCUCCGCUUUUAAAAAAUUAUAAAAACCAUCUUUUUUUUCAAAUAGUUCCAAAUAUUACAUUAUAGAAUUACUUUAAAAGUAGAAUUUGAUAGUAUUACAUAAUGUGAUUUUUAAGGCAUGCAAACAUUUCGUUGUACGCCAUUAUUUAUAUAGACGCGAAAAAGUUUAUUUACACUUUGUUUAUCGUAUUUAAUUGUGAAUAUAUGAUAUGUAUUAAGAGCAUGGAGCAAGGUAUUAUGUGUUAAUUAUUUAAUGAAAAUUAAAAACAAUGGCAUAGUGUAACAGCAUUUGUAUACAUAUACAAUCGACGCUGUUAAUGUUGCAAAUGAUUUUAAUUUAAUAUAUAUAUACAUAUACUAAAAUAAAGAAUUCUGAUAUUUAUAAA